AUGGCUGCACUUGACCGCACAAUCCCUUUCACUACCAAGCCUCGCGUCUUCAUCUUGACCGACAUCACCAACGAACCAGAUGAUGCAGAGUCGUUCUGUAGAUACCUGACCUACGCCAACCAGUUCCGAACAGAAGGUGUUGUUGCCUGUACAUCAACAUGGCUCCGUGACAGGGUGGCUCCGGAAAACCUCUAUCAAAUCAUCGACGGGUAUGCCCAGGUAGUUGACAACCUGAACGCUCACGUUCACCCGAGCCAUCCUUAUCCCUCAGCCGACUACUUCCGCGGCAUAGUCAAAUCUGGCCCUCCAGUCUACGGCAUGGCUGCUGUAGGUGACGAUGUUCCCCUUAGCGAAGGUGGAAAGCUGCUUCUCGAGAGCAUUGCCUCGCCAUCAGAAGCCCCCCUCUGGAUCCUCGUCUGGGGCGGCACAAAUGUGCUCGCCCAAGUCCUUCAUCACAUCCGCGACCGCCCGGAUGCCGCUUCCCUCCGCUCAAAACUUCGCGUCUACAGCAUUUCCGACCAGGACGACUCGGGCGCGUGGAUUCGCCAGCAGUGGCCCGAGAUCCUAUACAUUUGCUCCGUCCACGGCUGGAACCAGUAUGUCAAUGCCACAUGGACCGGCAUAUCUGCCCUUUGCGACCAGACUGGCCCCGACACAUCGCGCAUCACUGCUGAGUGGCUGAAGAAGAACAUUCAGAUCGGACCCUUGGGCGCAUGCUACCCCGACUUUGAAUACAUCAUUGAGGGCGAUACCCCAACCUUCCUCUAUCUCAUCCAAAAUGGCCUCGGAGUCCCAGAGGAACCCUACUUCGGUUCUUGGGGCGGUCGAUACCUACCCACUAAUGUUUCCGAGCACGGCAUUGCGAAGGGCCACUACGCGGACGUCUCCGACAAGGUCAUCGGUCAGGACGGCAAUGUAUACGUCAGCAACAAGGCUACCAUUUGGCGCUGGCGAGCCGCUUUUCAGGACGACUUUGCGGCGCGUAUGCAAUGGUCAUUGUCGCCCGAUUUCACAAAGGCGAAUCAUCAUCCUAUCAUCUCCAUCGACGGCGAUAUCGGUCUAGAGCCACUCCGUCUAGACGUCGCGGCCGGGAGCACCAUUACACUCGAUGCGUCAUCGACGUAUGAUCCUGACGGCGACACACUCACGUUUAAGUGGUUUCAGUACCGCGAGCCAAGUGCCACGCAGACGUACCACACAGUCGAGGUGUCUGAGCUUGAAAUUAAGCCGGUGAACGAGCAGCGCAGCAAGGUCGAGGUGACGAUAGCGCCGAGGGAGAAGUCGUGCGUGCUUUUCAGAGAGAAGAAACAGAUUGAGAGAGGGCUGCUGCUGCAUCUGAUUCUCGAGGUGACAGACAGUGGAACACCGGCAUUAACGAGCUAUCGCAGGGUGCUGCUACAGCCAUUUGAUAAGGAUUGGAAGAGCAUCUAG